AUGUCACAGCAGACCGGUGAUGUCACUGGCAGCAAAGGGCAGAAGGCAUGCCAACCUGGGGUACCAGGGCUGUACGUGGCCCAGAGGCCUUCAGAAUACGGCCGCUUCUCUCCUGCAGGCUGCGGCUACCGGCCAGAGUUUGAUGCACCCCACACCCUCCCUUCAGGCGAUGCCCGCAUCGUGGGGGGCACCAGGGCUCGUCCUGGGAAAUGGCCCUGGCUGGUCAGCAUACAGACCAGCUCCUUCCACUUCUGCGGGGGGUCCAUCGUGCACCCCUGGUGGGUGCUCUCCGCCGCUCACUGCUUCACGGACAGAAGGGAAGGCAUCAGGGUAGCCGCAGGGAGCAACUACCUGGGCAGGAACAACGUCACGCGCUGGGUGCGCAAGAUCCACCUCCACCCCCUCUAUAAUUCCAAGACCUACAACAACGACCUGGCGCUGCUGCUGCUGCAGAAGCCCAUCCCGUACAGCUGGUACCACUCCGCCCUGUGUCUGCCGGACCGCACCAUUGUCCCAGACGACAACAUGUGGGAGAGCUGCUUUGUCGCCGGCUGGGGCCUCAUGAGAGCUGGCUCCCAGUACGGCUCCCUGGAGUUGCUGGAUAUUCAGGUGGGCCUGGUGGACUGGACGUUGUGUCUGCGGUGGCUGUACUCAAUCACCAAGAACAUGGUGUGCGCUGGAUACGAGCAAGGUGGCCGGGAUGCCUGCCAGGGGGACAGUGGGGGGCCCCUGAUGUGUCUCCCGCCCAGCCACGGCAGCCACGGCAGCCCCCGGCGCUGGUACCAGGUUGGCAUUGUGAGUUGGGGCCGGAGCUGCGCAGCACCCCACAGCCCAGGCGUGUACACACGGGUAUCUAACUACCAUUCCUGGCUGGAGCAGACCUCUGCUCAUGACGGACACCCCUUCCGGGUGCCUCAGAUGGCUAUGAGUCACUCCCCGCUGCAUGAGAAGCAGAAUGACCUCUGGGCCGAUGUGGACGACAGCGGGGUCCCUGGCGAGCACCAGGCGGCCCUCCCUGAGUUGCUCUGUGCCCUGGUGGUGCUGGUUUUGGCCCUGGGCUGAGGGUGGCCAGCGGGCAACUCCGUGGCCAGCACUGGGAGAGCCAUGCUGCAAAGGAUGCUGAGUGGUGGGGGUGGGGUUGGCUUUCAGCUUGGCUCAACAGUUCAAUAAAUAUUCUUGGAUACACACGGCUCUCUCUCUGCUCGUGUGGUGGUGGGGAGAAGCCCCCGAAGCCAGGGGAAUGCGCAGGAGGGCCCUAGCUGGUGGGGCAGAGGAGGGGAAAGGGCCGAAUCCCCCCAAGCAGCUGCCGCA